AUGUCAAAUAACGACGACGAAAUCCCUAUUUGGAACUCCGUCACCACCACGGAUCCCAAGGUCAACACCGCCGUUGAUAAUGCCGAGAAACCCCCAACUCCAGCAGGGCCAACGGAUAGCCAUGUACUAUCGCAGCUUGAGCAAGAAGACAAGGGCUUGAUUCAAAAAGCUGGCGAAACAGCCCACGUCACUGACGUCGGAUGGAAUAAUCUCGCGGACCACACUGAACCGCUGAUUGCCGGCUUAUCGAAUGAAGAUCUAUGGAUGCUCAUUCGACGGUUUGACAAGGUAUCUUUGCUCAACGAGAAUAUUCAUCGUAUCCAAAGCCAAGUCUAUAAUGUCAAAGCCGUUCCCGAAGCACCGCUUCAAAAUCUUGAUCUGACUCGAGCGGAUGACGAUGAAUUUUCGCCAGACAAGCUACGGGCAACAAUCGAACGCUUUUAUACCACGGUAAUCGUCAAGCUCACCAGCUUCGUCAAGCACAUUGCGCGGUUGCGAUCUUGGAAGGAGACUCGAAGGACGUCUGUCUUCUGCGCCGUAUACUGCAUCGCCUGGCUUCUGGGCCUUCUCGUUCCCACUUUCUUCGCUGUCCUCGUCGCCUUGGUUGUAUACCCACCAUGCCGGGCAGUCAUGUUUCCACCAGCACCUAUUGCGUUGGUCGACAAAGACACGGGUGGUGUCCAAAAGCCUAAAGCUGGAGUACUCGGAUCUCACGAUAGUAUAACGGGGGCUCCACAGAACUUCAAAGGCGAAGCAGCUGAGCAAGAAGCCAGUAAUCUAGUGGCAGGUGUUGCUGGCGUUGCUGUGGGCAGUGCUGUUGGAAAACACGACCAAGGAGUGCCGGAUGAUGCGCCUUUGGAAGAUAGUGUCCCUGAUGCCACAGAUUUGGUCUCUCACACGGCCGAUGCGCAGAGUAAAGCGCACGGUAAAGUGCCAUCUGAUCAUUAUGACAAGACUCGGCAACCGAUGAAGAAAUCUGUCAUGGAAGGAGCUAACAUGCUGAUGCAAAUCAUUUCUGAUGUCACAGAUGCCUUCGAGAAAUUCGAGAAUGCGCUGUCUCCUACGCCGCCAUUCCCGCAACUUAAACCUCGCCUGCGAUUGGCAGCCGUUUUGGUUCCAGCAUGCCUUCUAUCAGCUUGUACUCCCCUCUACAUCUGUUCGAAACUAGCUGGACUCGGUGUGGGCCUUGGCUUCUUUGGAGAUCCAAUAAUUAAGCGUGGCCUUGCCAUCCUCGAGCGGGAUUUCCCUCACUGGCAAAAGAUAUUCGAACUGCAGAAGCAAGUCCUUCAUAUUACCUGCCGGCUUCAUAGUUCGCUUCUGAAAGGAAUUCCAACAAAUGCUCAACUUACUCUAACCCUCUUGCGCUUAGGCGAGGCUAAUGCAUCACCGUUGCCACCUCCUCCUACCUCUCGAGCCAAACCUCCUUCCCGGCCAGCCUCGCUCCGUCACGAGGAGCUUACUUUAGGUGCUACUAGUGAGGAAAUUCACCAAGCGGCGUCGGCUCAACCAAAUCACCAACUGCAAGGACCUCAAUUGUCGCCCGGGACCCCCCAAAAGAAGAAUUUUGCCUCCAGAGUUGUCGGCUUCUUCCGUGGGACAACUGCUACGGGAGUGGAAAGCAAGCAAGCGAUCGAUCGAAUGCGAGCAGUUGUCGGUUCUCGCCAUGCCAAGAAUCGAGUCGGUGUUCUGCGCCCGAAGGGACGUACGGAAACACCAGUUGGCCCUGUCGAUUUCGAUGCCCGAUACAAGGGUGCCCACGGGGCUGUGGUUAUUGACUCGACACAGGAACCGCCGGUGCUUUACUUUACCACCGACAUCCCACAAGACGGCGAUCUCUAUGUGGGGCAUCGCAAGAAGGGAUCAGUGCUUUUCUCUAUACCAGUUACGGAUAUCCGGGAAAUGAGAAAGCUUGGCGGCAUGGGCUGGAAGGGAAAGCUCGUUGUUGGCUGGGCGAUCGGUGGAAAGGAGGUUGUUGAUGGCUUGCUCAUUGUCGGCAAGGAUCCCAGGCAAUCAUACCAAAUAACAGCCAUGGGCAUGAGGAAUCAGCUGUUUAAUCGGUUGAUUGCUAUCGAUGGACAGGUUUGGGCGAGCUUUUGA